AUGGGCCCCUCCAGAGCCUUCCUCUGCAUCCUGUUCCUCUCUGGGGCACUGGGUCUCACCACUUCCUCGACCAGGGGACGACUCCAGUGUUAUGCUUGCAGCUUUGCCAAGCCCUGCUACCCCGUUCUCACAGAGUGCCAGGAAGAUGAGGUGUGUGGAGUCAGUGUUGGCACUUCAGACCAGAAGAAGGAAGACGUCAUCGAGCGGAAAGGCUGCCUCCCUAGGGCCCAGUGCCCUCUUCUGGGCCAUGCCAUCUACUGGUCACAGUCCUAUGCUCUCCGACACCACUGUUGUGAGCAGGACCUGUGCAACACUGCUCCCUCAGGGCGACUCCCAAGCCUUCCCCUUGCCACCCUGCUACUCCUUGCCUGGGGAGCACAUAUCUUUCUCUGCCUGUGA